AUGUACAUAUCUAUCUAUCAAAUUAUAAAUCUAUCAAAUUAUAAAUCUAUCUAUCUAUCUAUCUAUCUAUCUAUCUAUCUAUCUAUCUAUCUAUAUCAAAUGAUUAGAGUCAAUCCUUGGCAUUUGGGGCGUCCAAUUACUGCAGUAAUGUUUGGUACUACCCGCACGUACGCGUAUAGGACUCCAGGUUUAUGGUCGGUCAAUUUCUCCAUCGUGUAUUUGGGAGCCGGUAAAUGUAACCCCGCGUUUUCUUUCAUUCUUAAGAUAAAUCCUUUCUCUAUCUAUGAAAUUACUGAAAAUAAAAUUCCUCCUCUCGAACAAAUAACCGAAGAUAAAUUCCUUCUCCUCUAUCAAAUUACUGAAGAUAAAACUCCUCCUCUCGAACAAAUAACCGAAGAUAAAUUCUUUCUCCUCUAUCAAAUUACUGAAGAUAAAAUUCCUCCUCUCGAACAAAUAACCGAAGAUAAAUUCCUUCUCCUCUAUCAAAUUACUGAAGAUAAAACUCCUCCUCUCGAACAAAUAACCGAAGAUAAAUUCAUUCUCCUCUAUCAAAUUACUGAAGAUAAAAUUCCUCUUCUCUAUCAAAUAAUCGAAAAUACAUUUUUCUCUUCACCAUUAAGAUCUAUGAUAGAAUCGGUUUGUAACAUUUUUGGGGAGUGUUUGUUGUAUAACAUUUUAGCGCAUCCGCAGACGGCAAACGUUACCAGCCCUGUGUUUAAUCAAACGGACACAACUUUAUCGAAUUCCUUCACUACCACCAAAUUUGUAGACACAACCAAGGGCGGUGAUUUUACAACUACAAACAAUACAGAUCAGGCAACAACAAGUCCCCAGCAGACAGGAACUGUUAGCGGGAAAAGCGAAAUGACGAUAGGUCACACUAGCGACAACUGGACAACACCCUCCUCUCCAGCAAACACAAAGGAUUUUUCUGUUAGUCAACUCCACAAAACUACUUCACCCGGAUACCCAACUCGAACAUUGACAACUUUAGAUGACGGAACAACAUCGGAGGGAGAAGAAACAACAACCCUUCCACCGUGGAUGAAUAUAUCCAGUACAAUUCUUACCAAUAGUGAGGGAUAUCUAUAUCUAUCUAUCUAUCUAUCUAUCUAUCUAUCUAUCUAUCUAUCUAUAUCAGUUUCUAUCUAUCUAUCUAUUUCUAUCUAUCUAUCUAUCUAUCUAUCUAUCUAUCUAUCUAUCUCAUCUAUCUAUCUAUCUAUCUAUCUAUCUAUCUAUCUAUCUAUCUAUCUCAUCUAUCUAUCUAUCUAUCUCAUCUAUCUAUCUAUCAUCUAUCUAUUAUCUAUCUCAGUCUCUAUCUAUCUAUCUAUCUAUCUAUCUAUCUAUCUAUCUCAGUCUGUUUGUAUUAUCUAUCUAUCUAUCUAUCUAUCUAUCUAUCUAUCUAUCUAUCUAUCUCAGUCUGUUUGUAUCUAUCUAUCUAUCUAUCUAUCUAUCUAUCUAUCUAUCUCAGUCUAUCUAUCUAUAUCUAUCUAUCUAUCUAUCUAUCUGUUUCAUUUAUCUAGUCUGUUUCUAUCUAUCUAUCUAUCUAUCUAUCUAUCUAUCUAUCUAUCUAUCUAUCUAUCUAUCUAUUGCGUUGAGUCAUAA